AUGGAAAACAUCCCGUAUUCUUCAGCUGUUGGAAGUCUUAUGUAUGCUCAGGUCUGUACGAGACCAGACAUUGCAUAUGCUGUGGGGAUGUUGGGAAGAUGUCAAAGUAAUCCAGGGAUUUACCACUGGAAAGCUGCAAAGAAAGUAAUGAGGUAUCUUCAGGGUACAAAGGAGUACAAGCUUACAUACAGAAGAUCAGAUAACUUGGAGGUCAUUGGAUACUCGGAUUCAGAUUAUGCUGGCUGUCUUGACUCUCGGAGAUCGACAUCCGGUUACAUUUUCAUGUUGUCCGGUGGUGCUAUCUCAUGGAGGAGUGCAAAACAGACUUUGGUUGCUACUUCCACUAUGGAAGCCGAGUUUGUUUCAUGUUUUGAGGCGAAUUCCCAGGGUAUUUGGUUGAGGAGUUUCAUAUCAGGGCUUAGAAUCAUUGAUUCUAUAUCUAAGCCAUUAAGGAUGUAUUGUGAUAAUUCUGCUGCUGUGUUUUUCUCUAAGAAUAAUAAGAGUGGUAGUCGAAGUAAACACAUCGACAUCAAGUAUUUGGCACUAAAGGAACGCGUGAAUGCCGGUGAAGUAACCAUUCAACAUAUUAGCACAGAGUUGAUGAUUGCGGAUCCUUUGACAAAAGAAAUCGCGCCGAAGUUGUUUAGAGAUCAUGUUGAACAUAUGGGACUUGGUUCUUCUCUAUGA